UUUUUUUUUUUUUUUUGGCUUCUCGUCUGCGCGGCAAAACCCAUUUGCCAGCAGUUUCCCACGCUACUAAACUACACCGAUUUUGCUCCAUCGCUAGCAAAAGUCGGGCACAGAGAAACCUCCGCACCACCACCCGACGACGAACGACGUACACGACGCAGAAACCGCUCCAACACAGGAACGCAGCCAAAAAAAAAAAACCACCAUGGCCGACGAUCCCCAGCCGGGCAGUCCCAAGUCGGACCCGAUCGACGCAAAGGAGGACGCCGAGACCGCCGCUGCCCGCAAAGAGCUGAAGCACACGGCUAUCUCAGAGAAGUCCUCCGCGGCGGAAGGAGCCACCGCCGACACGACGCCUUGGGGAUCGCAGAACGAGGACCACAAGGACCACGUCUCGUCGCCCAAGAAGAAGCGGGCGCACGACCAGCUGGACGAGGACAAGGACGCCGACGAGGCCGACGUCAAGAGUGUCGCCUCGAGCGACUCGGCCAAGGACAGGGCUUUGCGGCUGGAACCGGAGAAGAAGAGACAUAGGGACGAGGUUGCCGGCUCUGGCGACGCUGCGGCCGAUUCCUCUGCGCCACCGACUACCGAUACAAAGACGACAGAGAAAGCCGCAACAGAAACUACAUCACAGGAUUCUACAAAGGACGAGAAGAAGGGAACGUCGAGCUCUGCGUUUGCCAGCUCUGGCUUCGCUAAAUUGGCGGCAUCGAGUGCGUCCCCUUUCGGCUCGCUAGGAAGUGCGACCAAGGGAAGUGUCUUUGGCGGAGCGAAGGCUGGCGCGUCACCUUUUGGCGGUCUGUCUCCAUCCAAGCCUGAUGCCGCCCCGGCUCCUACACCUACCCUGAGCUUCGGCGGUGCCGGUUCGGCCUCGUCGCCUUUCGCCAGCGUUAAGCCCGCCGGCGCAAAUGGCGGUUUUGGCUCAGUGUUUGGCAGUGCCUUUGGCGGCGGUCUAGGCGGCAAACCACUUUCGAGCUUCGCCAAGACGGGCGAGUCUUCUUUUAAGACCGAGAAGGCGGCCAAGCCGUUCGGAGCUCCUGACAGCGACGCGGAAGACGACAACGAAGAUGAGACUGAAGGCGAUGCCGAUGGAGCCUCAGAGUCUGGCGACAAGGACGAAAAGGAAGAGUCUGACAAGGAAGAGACCAAGGCUGGGGACGAUAAGAAACGUACCAAGCUGCAGAAGAUUACUGUCGACGACGGCGAGGCCGGAGAAGCUACCAUAGUCCAGGUCAGAGCCAAGAUAUUCUACUUGGACAAGGAGGUUGGCUGGAAGGAACGCGGAUCUGGUAUGCUUAAGAUCAACGUUCCCGAGGCUUGUGUCCAGUUCGACGAAGGUGGCUUGCCGAUACCUGGCUCCUUUGAUGCAUCGGCUCUGGAAGACUUGGAAGAUCCCGAGGCUGGCGAGAGCAGAGCCAGCAAGGUGCCUCGUCUCAUCAUGAGGCAGGAUCAGACUCACAGGAUACUACUGAACACGGUCAUCCUGCCGGCGAUGCAGUUCCAGGAAAAGGCGACGUUGAAGAGCGUCGGCGUCAUGUUCACCGCCUUUGAAGGCGCGGAGGCUAAGCCAGUGAGCGUCCAUGUGAGAGAGCGUCAGAACGGUGGCGGUUCCAUAGAGGACGGCCCAUCUAAUACCGACGAUGCAGCGUCCACUGACGCACAGAAAACGACCAAGUCCAGGAAACGGGCUGCGCCGAAAAAGGCCGGGUCGAAACGGAAUAGCACGGAAAGCGUAGCCCCCGCCGAGGAGUGCAAGAUUGAGUGGCCUCAACGGUUCAAGGACUUGGAGAAGACGCAUCGCGCGCUCAAUCUCGUCUUUACGUUUUGUUGUACUCGCAAACACCUCGCCACCACGUUUGAGACGAUCAAGUCCUCGGUGGAAUCGCAUACAAAGACGUCCUUGACAGUCGAAGAUAUAGCUUCCAUCGCCGCCAUACGCCCCGAGGGCGUCAACUUUGCCUAUGUCGACGAGAUUAUGCUGCAGACCGAGGUUAGGGGCGCCGAGCGCGACGUGGUGUUCAAGAAAGGGCGGGAUUUCCUCUCUCAGGCGCCCGCUCCGGACGCCUCUGUCGGAGGCAUUUCGGGUCUCGAGAAGCUGGAUCACCACCCCGAUGAGGCUGUCGAGGGAGGCAAAGAAGUGCUGUACUUUGAGUUUGUGGACGGCGAUCUGAAACGACAGGUCAAGGACAGGAAGACGGGCGAGAUUAUCAAGCCGAACAGGAAGCUGAGGGAGGAGACUCUCAAGAUGCCCGUCUACAGCCAGAAGCAGAUGACGAACUUGAUCGAGAGGCGGAAUCAGAGGUUCAACGACGCCAUUAUCCAUUUUCUCAACCAAUGCGUCGCUGAUGGGCUUGAUCCCGAGCUGAGUCUGGCGACGGCAACGGAGGCUCAUAUUCCUGUACCGACAACCAUAGAGGAGGAGGGGCCAAAGGAUCUCGGAGCUUUGCCCGAGUCUAUCCCAACAGAACGGAAAAGUGUCCCGGAGAUUGUACAGGAGCUGAAAGACUGCUCUUGGUACAGUGGUCAGAUUGUGCCCGACGGACACCGCGUGUUUGAGCCACAGGAGCCCGUCUACGGCGAUCUCAACUUCCUCCUCAGCCAGGAUCUUGUGAAUGCGCUGUACAACGCAAAGGGCAUCACGCAAUUCUUUGCGCACCAGACCGAGGCCAUCAACGGCCUGCUCGAAGGGCAGCACGUCGUCGUGGCCACGUCGACGAGCUCCGGCAAGUCUCUGAUUUACCAGCUGCCGGUGAUCCACGCCCUGGAAGAGAACCCGCACACGCGCGCCAUGUACAUUUUCCCGACGAAAGCCUUGGCGCAGGAUCAGAAACGGAGUCUGAGGGAGCUUAUGAGCUAUAUGCCGGGUAUGGGGGAAGUGCUCGUGGAGACGUUUGAUGGAGAUACGCCGAUGAAGGAGCGCAAUGUGAUCCGGGAAGAGGCGAGAAUCAUCUUUACAAAUCCGGAUAUGUUGCACAUCACAAUUUUACCGCAGGAGGAGAGGUGGAGGACGUUCCUGAAGAACCUCAAGUAUGUCGUCGUCGAUGAGCUGCAUUACUACAACGGGCAGAUGGGUUCCCACGUGGCGUUCAUCAUGAGGAGGCUACGAAGAAUAUGCGCUGCCGUUGGGAACCGCCACAUCAAGUUUAUCUCGUGUUCUGCGACGGUAGCCAACCCUAGGCAGCACUUUAAGACGAUCUUUGGCAUAGAAAAUGUGCGAUUGGUUGACUUUGACGGCUCCCCGUCCGGCCGCAAAGAGUUUCUCUGCUGGAACACGCCGUACAAGGACCCCGGAGACCCGGCAAGCGGUCGAGGUGAUGCCUUGUUCGAAUGUGCUCGCCUCUUCUGCCAGCUGAUGCUCAGGGGCGUGCGCAUCAUUGCUUUUACCAGGGUCAGAGAGCAGUGCGAGAAGCUGGUCACCGCAGUGCAGCAGGAACUGGAAUCUCUCGGGCGGCCAGAGUGCGUCAACAGAGUCAUGGGCUACAGAGGCGGCUACACGGCGCAAGACCGACGGCGAAUAGAGUCAGAGAUGUUCGAAGGCAAACUCCUCGGCAUCGUCGCGACCACCGCCUUGGAGCUUGGUAUCGACAUUGGCACGUUGGACUGCGUGCUGACCUGGGGGUUUCCCUAUACCAUUGCCAACUUGCGCCAACAGAGCGGCCGCGCUGGACGAAGGAACAAGGACUCGCUGUCGGUCUUGGUGGGCGACUGUUUCCCGACUGACCAACACUACAUGCAGAACCCGGACGAAAUCUUUUCCAAGCCGAACUGUGAGCUACAGGUCGAUCUGGAGAAUAUGCUGGUGCGAGAAGGGCACAUCCAGUGUGCCGCGUAUGAAAUGCCUAUCCGGCCGGUUGAGGAUGCUCAGUAUUUUGGCAAGGAUUUGCCCAUCAUCUGUGAGGAGAGGCUGGUAAAGGAUCCUUUGGGUUUUUAUCACUGCCACGAUCGGUUUCGUCCCGUCCCUUCGAGGUUCGUCGCCAUCCGUGAUACUGAAGAUGAUCACUUUGCCAUUAUCGAUAUCACGCACGGUAAGAAUGAAGUCUUGGAGGAGCUUGAAGCAUCAAGGGCAACGUUUACGAUAUACGACGGCGCCAUUUUCCUUCACCAAGGGAACAAGUACUUGGUCAGGGAUUUCCAGCCCGAAAAGAUGAUGGCGAGAGUGGAGCGCGUCAAGGUCGAAUGGACCACGACGCAGCGAGACUUUACCGACAUUGACCCGAUCGAGACGGAAGCCAUUCGAAAGAUCUCCGGAUCCAUGUCGAGAGCCUUUUAUGGCACAAUCAAGAUCCAGCAGAACGUGUACGGGUUCUUCAAGGUGGACAAGAAGAAGCGCGUGCUCGACGCCGUGCACGUCGACAACCCCCCCGUCAUCCGCUACGGCAAGGGGAUGUGGCUCGACAUACCGAAAAAAGCACUACAGAUCCUCGUCGACCGACGACUGAACAUCGCCGCGUCGAUCCACGCGGCCGAGCACGCCAUCCUCAGCCUGAUGCCCAACUUUGUCAUUAGCCUACCGGGCGACGUCCGCACGGAAUGUAAAAUCGCCCUCAAAGAAUUCGCCAACAAGGAUUCCCAGAGGAAGAGACCGGGCCGUCUGACGUUUUACGACGCCAAGGGCGGUGCCAGCGGGUCGGGAAUCAGCACAAAGGCGUUUGAGCACGUGGACCAUCUGCUGCAGCAGGCCGUGAAGCGGGUCGAGGACUGCUACUGCGAGCACGGGUGCCGGGAGUGCGUUGCGUCGGACCAGUGUAAGCAGGCGAAUGAGGUGAUGAGCAAGGCGGGGAGUCAGGUGAUCUUGAAGACGUUGUUGAAUUUGGAGAUUGAUGUUGAUGCGUUGCCGAUGGGGCCGGAGGAGUAUUGUCCUGCGGGGAUUGAGACUGUUGUUGUGGCGCAGACUGUGCCGGGUUUGGGAUGGGCGGGAGGAGGAGGAGGAGGUACGGGAAGAUGGAGAGGUGUGAGGCUGUGAUGGUGUGAGGUUGUGAUUAUGGGAGUUCGUACUGGAAUUACGAUAUAGCCUACCGAUAACACUGGAGGAACUCGAACAGAGUUUAAGCUAUUGUCAACUCAUGAAAUUGUCAUGCCUGUCUACCUGCGCUUGCCCGCACAUCCUCAUUAACUCGCCCUUCUCUGUCAAUUUCAGG